AUGGCGUCUCCAGUGUCUGCUGGAGACGGCGAGACGGGCGCUCGUGAGGAUAUGCCCUCCACCUGCACAUCCUCCGAUCCCGUCGAGGAGGGACCGUCGGUAAUCCCCCCUGCACCGCCACCAGAUUGCGGGGCGGACACAUCUGCAUCAUCAUCUCCAAGUGUGAAGAUCACCCCAGCGCUUCUAAAGUUGCUGCAGCUCGUGGACGGCGUGAAUGAGGGUGACGGACUCACCGGGCGCGGCUACAUGACAACCACCAUCGUGGUCGAGGGUUGGCCUGAUCAGGUCAUGCUGCACCGAAAUCCACUCCACGUAAGUAAUGUCAUGUCUCCCUUCCCUGCUCCCUUCCCUGCGCCCUCCACUGCUGCCAUGUCUCCCUUCCAUGCUCUCUCCCAUGCUACCAUGUCUCCCUUCCAUGCUCUCUCCCCUACUGCCAUGUCUCCCUUCCCUGCUCUCUCCACUGCUGCCAUGUCUCCCUUCCCUGCUCUCUCCACUGCUGCCAUGUCUCCCUUCCCUGCUCUCUCCACUGCUGCCAUGUCUCCCUUCCAUGCUCUCUCCCCUGCUGCCAUGUCUCCCUUCCCUGCUCUCUCCACUGCUGCCAUGUCUCCCUUCCCUGCUCUCUCCCCUGCUGCCAUGUCUCCCUUCCCUGCUCUCUCCACUGCUGCCAUGUCUCCCUUCCCUGCUCUCUCCCCUGCUGCCAUGUCUCCCUUCCCUGCUCUCUCCCCUGCUGCGUUGUCUCCCUUCCCUGCUCUCUCCCCUGCUGCCAUGUCUCCCUUCCCUGCUCUCUCCACUGCUGCCAUGUCUCCCUUCCAUGCUCUCUCCCCUGCUGCCAUGUCUCCCUUCCCUGCUCUCUCCACUGCUGCCAUGUCUCCCUUCCCUGCUCUCUCCCCUGCUGCCAUGACUCCCUUCCCUGCUCUCUCCACUGCUGCCAUGUCUCCCUUCCCUGCUCUCUCCCCUGCUGCCAUGUCUCCCUUCCCUGCUCUCUCCCCUGCUGCCAUGUCUCACUUCCCCUGCUGA